AUGAAGUUAUGAUCUUAUCAAAUUGAGCCUUUGGUUUGGGCAUUUCAUCGAGCACUUGGCAGAGUUUGAUUUUUUUUUUGGGAACUUCGUCAUUUCUCUCGUUUUAGACGGAAAAGCAACACCGGARCCACGUGGUUUGAUCCUGAAACACUCAAAUAUACACGCGUCAUAAGACCCACGUUACAGUCCUCCCGACCCAUGAGGCUUAGCUUACGAAAACAUAAUACACCUGCGAAUCUUGCAAGAACGGCGCGAAGUUCGACCGAAUUUACCAGAAGCGAAGAAGAAUGCAUCGUUUGAAGCCAUCGCUACAGAUUUACAGAUCCAUUAAUGGUUACAGAAACAUUCAUUCCUCCCCCUCGAAGCUUUUCUCUCAUCAUCGAGCAGCCCAUCUUGAAGAUGCCGGUCCAAUGGCUUCCCUUCUCAAGAGCCGCUCUGUCAUUAGAUUUCGAGGCCCCGAUACUGUUAAGUUUCUGCAGGGCCUCUUGACCAACGACGUCCGGCGGUUCCUUGAGCCGGUGGGAGAGAAAACUUCUGCUUUGACUACACCCAAUUUAUCCACUGUGUCUGCUUCCCGGCUCUAUGCUGCAAUGCUAACUCCCCAGGGGAGAUUCCUUUAUGACUUGUUCCUUUAUCGCCCCUCCCGGUCCGGUGAUAAGCUCGACAGAACUGGCUCGCUUCCUGGUUCAGACUCUGAUGAGGAAUUCGAGCUGUUCGCAGAUGUUGAUGCUGCUGUAUUGGAUGAGCUGCUGCAGUGCUUCAAGAAAUACCGGUUAAGAUCUAAGGUUGAGAUUGAGAAUCUGGCCAAAGAAUUCUCUUGUUGGCAGCGUUUUGGUGGAGACAUUUCCAAUAGGUCUUCAUCUACAGAAGAACCAGAUGCUGCAGGUGUUGGCUGGGGUGGUGAUGUUGAUCAUGCUGGUGUGUCAGCUUCAAAGGGAGACAAUCUUGGGUGGCAGUGGUUCAAGGAUCCCAGAUUGGAAUGUCUUGGUUUUAGGGGGAUCUUUCCAUCAAAUACAAUACCACCAUUGAUCGAGUCUGAUAAGGAAUGUGAUGAACAACAGUACCUUUUAUGGAGAGUGGAAAAAGGGGUUGCAGAGGGCUCAACUGAGAUUCCGAAAGGCAAUGCUAUUCCACUUGAAUACAAUCUCGCUGGAUUAAAUGCAAUCAGCUUUGACAAGGGUUGCUAUGUGGGCCAAGAGUCUGUUGCCCGUACACAUCACUGUGGCGUCAUUCGCAAGCGUUUAGUUCCUCUAAAAUUUGCUUAUGAGAGUGGCAAAGAAGUAGAGCAAAAGGUCAUUCCAGGGUUGGAAGUCAUUGAUAGUGCAUCCAACAAGAAGGCUGGGGCAGUGACAACAGCACUUGGAUGUUGUGGGAUGGGUCUGUUGAGGCUGGAGGAAGCCUUUAAAGUUUCAGGUGCCUUGAGAAUCAAGGGGCAGGAUGAUGUGAAGGUUGAAGCCAUUAGACCAGAAUGGUGGCCUGCUGAAUGGUUUCCUGAGCAUCAAGAACACCAUGCAGUUGCUUAGAGUUACAGGCUGCCACUAGACCAUCAAUGGUAAUUGGAUCCACAUGUUGGACUGAACUUGAUUUCUAUUACACAUGUGGUCUUAAUGGAUACUGGUAUAGAGAAGCCCACUAGCUGGCCUGUGCAACAUAAAAAGCAAUUAGUUCCUCAAUGAGUGGAAGCAACCAGUUACUUUUGGAAGCGACAGUCUUAAGAACAUUUUGCAAUUAACCUUGUUAAGAACCAGUUGGAAAAAAGAAUUUGACAGUCUCAGAUUGCUGGAACAGAGCAAGCUUGUUUGGUUGGUCCUUCAGGUUUGUGGUUUUAAUUUGUUGGUAGCUUCAAAGGGUGCAAAACCUUUGGUUGGGUUGAGUUCCUGAUUUGGGGUUUAACAUAUUUUUUCUUCUCAAUCAACUUUGUCCCUUGUAAGUAUCAAUAUCAUUGUUGUAAUGGUUGCAUAGUUCUAUGCACUUUUUGCUAGUGAACAGCAAGAUUUGGACUCCCCUUGGGAAACAUUGUAAACGAAUACAACCCGGAAAUUCUAUGCCUGGCCUUGGUAUCUUC